AUGGAAAACGAAGAAGAAAUUUUUAAAAAAUUAUUAAAGAAAGCGUCAGCUUCAUCAUUCGAAAAAAUUAUAAAUUUAGAUUUAAAUAAUUGCAGUGUUGAUUUUAAUAAAUAUGUUUUAUUAUUACCAAAAUUAAUUAAUUUAAAAUGUUUGAUUUUAAGUAAUAAUAAUACUAAUCAACUACCACCAUUUGAAAAUUUACAAUCAUUAGAAGAAUUAUAUUUAAGAAAUUUUAGUGUAACACCUCAACAAAUUAACAAAACAUCAUUAUCAACAGAUUCAGAUUUAACCAAAUCAUUUAUUACAAAAAUUAAGACAUUAACAAAAUUAAAACAUUUGGUUAUCACUGGAACAAAAUUUGAUACAAAUUCUUCAAAAGAUUAUAUAAUUCAUUAUUUAACAACUUUAGAAACUUUAAAUUUCGAAAGAAUAACAAAUGAAAAAAGACAGGAUGUAAAUAAUAGAAUAAAACUUAUAAGAGAAAAACAUUUAAUUAAUAAAAGUCCAACCUCUGCAAAAAUAUUAACUACACCAAAUAAAACAGUAGUAAAUAGACAACAACCACAGGAUUUAUCAACAAAGAAAUUAGUAAAUACAACAUCAUCCAUUAUAAACAUUUCAAAGUCAACACCAAAUAAAUUACAAAAUCAAGUUCAAUCAUCACCAAAGCUUUCAAGUCCAAUAACUAAGAAUAAAGAACAAAUAGUUUCAACAACUUCACCUCAAAAACUUAAUAAUAAGGUUGAUUUUAAAUUACCACCACAAAUUAUUGAUAGAAACUCUCCAAAACACCAACCAAAAAUACAAUCAGAUGUUUCAUCACCAUUACCAAUUGAAAUUAUUCCAAAUAUAAUUGAAAAAACAUCUGAUAGAUUAAAUGGCCAAAGUAACCUUAUUCAAGCCAUUUCCUUAUUAAUAGGCUCCAUCACAACACUCAAUGAUAUUGAUUUCAUCGAAGACAUAUUAUAUGAAAGAAAAAAAAUAUUAAAAUAA